AUGGCGGCAGCGCGCCAGCUCCACGGCCUCCUCCGCCUGCCGCCUCCCCGCCCCCUCCGCCCCGUCUUCGUGCCACCAACUCCCUGCCGCGCACGCCCUCCCCUCGCCUCCCUGCGUAUUCCACACCCACCAUCUCCUCUCCCCAAGAAACGCCUCUCCAGCGCUCCCGAAGCCAAAGGCGAGACGGCGGCGGCGUUAUUGGGGGAGGGGGAGGAGGGGAAUGGAGCGACGGAGGAUGAGGCGCGGGAGGCGCAAGAAGGGGCGGGGGGAUACGCGGAGAGCGUUGGCGCCGGGGACCCCGCGGGCCCUCCGGCCCAUCACCUUGCGGCCCGCGCUGGUCUUGGGGACCCGGUGUUCUUCCUCCUGACCUUCGUCGCCGUCACGACAUCCGUUGCCUUCAUCAGCAUGGUAGCGGUGGCGAUUCCUACGAUGCUCGCUAUGAGGAGAGCUGCAAAUUCAUUUGCUCUGCUGGCUGAUGCAGCUCUGGAUGAGUUACCGAGCACGAUGACAGCUGUAAGACUCUCUGGCAUGGAAAUCAGUGAUUUCACCCUUGAACUUAGUGACUUGAGCCAAGUGAUAGCAGACGGUGUGAACAAGUCAACGAAUAUUGUUCAAGCAGUAGAAGAUGGAAUAGGACAAAUGAGGAAUAUAGCUCGGCAGAAGACUAAAUCUGUAUGA